AUGGACGGGAUGGGGGACGCUGAGACUCGAGGACGCGGCACUGACGAUGACGUUUCGACGACGCAGGCAUCGACGCGCCCCGAGUCGGCCGUUGAUCUAUUUAAUCGCCCCGACGUGCGGUCAUACGUCGAUGAUAUGAUCGCACAUGGAUCCUUCGUCCAUCAGAUGGCAACGGGGACACUUCCGCGCGAGAAGUACCUUCGCUAUCUUUCGCAAGACGCGUACUUCCUGUUUGAGUUUAAUCGAGCCUACGCGAUGGCUUUGGCGAAGGCUGAGACGGUUGAAGAGCAAGCUGCGUACCACGAACUCAUCGGUGGUGUGCUCGACGAGCUCAAAUUACACCGAGGCGCGUGUGAGCGCUGGGGCGUCGACCUCGACGCGGCCACCAUCGAUCCAGCGGCCGAGGCGUACGUCGGUUUUCUUCGGUCGCUUCACAGUCGGUCACAAACCGAGCUCGUCGCCGGGAUGGUCCCCUGCAUGCGUCUCUACGCCCAACUCGGUCGACGAUUCCUCCACGACCAGGAAUCCAUAGACGUGCGUCAAUCGCCUUACUUCGAGUGGUUCGAAGCGUACGGCGGGAGCGAGAUGGAAUCUCUCGCGCGUCGACUCGAGAGUUUGCUCCCGCCCGUCGUCGACGCCGCAUCCGCCGCGGCGUACGUCCACGCCAUGCGCCUCGAGCGCGACUUUUUCGCCGCGCACGCGUAG